UGACAUCACGUCCGGCAUCGGCAGGCAGAGACAAACCAGGCCAGUGGCACCGCUCUGGAGGGUGGUGAUGUGCUCACACCUCGCUUUGUUCUGCCCUGAUCAAAGCCACGCAGAUGGAUUUGUUCUGGUAACUCUCCGUUGUGUUGAGGUUUGGAAACACCUUCGACAGGAUGUUGGGGUUUCUGAAGGAGCCUGUUGUGGUCACUGCAGAGAUCAAUGUGAACCUCGUGGCCCUGACUGUGAUGGGAUUAAUAACUCGCCUCUGGGGGCUCUGCUAUCCACGGGCUGUGGUUUUUGAUGAAGUUUAUUACGGCCAGUUCGUGUCGCUCUACAUGAAGAGGAUCUUCUUUGUGGAUGACAGUGGCCCACCUUUUGGCCACAUGCUGCUGGCCUUGGGAGGUUACUUAGGAGGAUUUGAUGGAAACUUCUUAUGGAACAGGAUUGGAGCUGAAUACACCAUGAACGUUCCUGUGUGGUCCCUGCGGCUCCUGCCAGCCCUGGCUGGUGCUCUCUGUGUGCCUUUAGCCUACCAGAUCCUGGUGGAACUGCACUUCUCCCACCGUGCUGCACUUGGAGCUGCUCUUCUGGUCCUCUUAGAGAACUCUCUGAUCACUCAGUCAAGGUUCAUGCUCCUGGAAUCAAUAUUGAUUUUUUUUAUCCUACUUGCAGUUUUGUCCUACCUGAAGUUCUACAAUUUGCAGAGGCACAGACCCUUUUCUGGAAGCUGGUGGUUUUGGCUCCUGCUGACUGGAGUAGCCUGUUCAUGUGCAGUUGGAGUGAAAUACAUGGGCCUGUUUACCUAUAUGCUGCUCCUGGCCAUUGCAGGGCUGCACUUCUGGCACAUGAUAGGAGACCAGACCUUGUCAAAUGUUUCCUUGCUGUGCCAUUUUGUAGCCCGGGCACUGGCCCUCAUCCUCAUCCCCGUGGUGCUGUACCUGUCCUUCUUCUAUGUCCACUUGGCUCUGCUGUAUCGCUCUGGGCCUCACGACCAGAUCAUGACAAGUGCUUUCCAAGCCAGCUUAGAGGGUGGGCUGGCUCGGAUCACUCAGGGCCAGCCCUUAGAGGUGGCCUACGGCUCUCAGAUCACCCUGCGGAACGUGCUGGGCAAGCCCAUGCAGUGUUGGCUCCACUCCCACACCAACACUUACCCCAUCAGGUAUGAGAACGGCCGAGGGAGUUCCCAUCAACAGCAGGUGACCUGCUAUCCCUUUAAGGAUGUGAACAACUGGUGGAUUGUCAAAGAUCCUGGAAUGCAGCAGCUGGUGGUGAGUAACCCCCCCCGGCCCGUCAGGCACGGACACAUCGUGCAGCUGGUCCACGGCAUCACAACCCGCUACCUCAACACGCAUGAUGUGGCUGCCCCUCUGAGCCCCCACUCCCAGGAGGUUUCCUGCUAUAUUGAUUAUAACAUCUCCAUGCCAGCACAGAACCUCUGGAGAGUGGAGAUUGUAAAUCGGGAGUCUGACACAGAUGUGUGGAAGACAAUUCUGUCAGAAGUGAGGUUUGUUCACGUCAACACCUCUGCAGUGCUAAAGCUCAGCGGAGCGUCUCUGCCCGAGUGGGGAUACCGGCAGCUGGAGGUGGUUGGAGAGAAGCUGUCCAAAGGCUACCACCAGAGCAUGCUGUGGAAUGUGGAAGAGCACAGAUAUGGGAAAAGCCAAGAGCAAAAAGAGAGGGAAGUGGAACUCCACUCUCCCACACAGAUGGACAUCAGUAAAAACCUCAGCUUCAUGGCAAAGUUCACAGAAUUGCAGUGGAAAAUACUCACAUUAAAAAAUGAAGACACAGAACAUAAGUACAGCUCCUCUGCUCUGGACUGGAUCACGAUGGACACAAAUAUUGCCUACUGGCUCCACCCCACCUCUGGGGCCCAGAUCCACCUCCUUGGGAAUGUUGUCACCUGGGCUUCAGCUAAUGCUGCUGCUCUGGUCUACGUGUGUCUGUCCCUGUGGUACUUGGUACGACGGAGGAGGAGGAUUUAUGACAUCCCUGAAGGUCUGAUUCCACUGGGUGUGUGUGUCCAGGGGAGGGUUGUGGCUUGCUCUGCUCUGAGAUGCCAUCUCCCAUCUCCUGCAGAUUCCUGGCAGCUCUGGGUGUCAGCCGGGGGUGUCUGUGGUGGAGGCUGGGCUGUGAACUACCUGCCCUUCUUCCUGAUGGAGAAGACACUUUUCCUGUACCACUACCUGCCUGCCCUCACAUUCCAGAUUCUCCUGAUUCCCGUCGUGUUGCAGCACCUCGGUGAUCAUCUCUGCAGGUCUGUGCUGCUCAAGAGCAUGUUCAGUGCACUGAUUGUAGCCUGGUUCUCCUCAGUGUACUUUGUCUACUGCACCUUCAGCCCCGUGACCUACGGGCAGCCCGCGCUGUCCGCGACGGAACUCAAGGACUUGCGCUGGAAAGACAGCUGGAACAUCCUCAUCCGAAAACAGUGACCACUACAACCGUGUUACAGCCAAAAGGAAACACCUUUUGUGCAAAGCCAAGGAUUUAUUGUUAGUAUAACUGAAAUCUUAACAGCUGGAUCAAGUAAUUGAUAGUAGUCCAGAUCUAACGAUUACAGGAAAAGAAAAGAGCACUGUUACAGAAAAGCUCUCGACAGGAAUACAGUUAUGAGCACAAUUCCCAGUUUCUGCCCCUGUUACAUUCACCCUUCCACUGCCCCUCGGGGCCUGAAGGCUGCUGACUUCAGGCAGCAGCAUCCCAUCUCCUUUCCUGGGAAGAACAUGCUGCAACAAUUUCUUCUUCCUCUUUCCUGACAGGGGUGGUUUCUUCCUUCUUGCACUACAUUGCACUGAGGGCUAUUUUCAUGUGUUUCCCAGCACCUUGGUCUACAAUUCCAUGAUAAAAGUUACAAAAAAUGGACACUCUCCGACACAUCAGAUAUUUUUCUCAUGUUACUUUUAAAAAAAAGGUUUUCCCUGCUCUGAAGCUUAUUCAUCCUUCAACAAUCAGUAACUGGCCCUGCAGCCUUUAGCACCAUCCCAUGACUAUUCCUUAACAACACAUUAUUUGCCCCCACUUUCAGUGCCGUGCUAUCAUCCCUAUUUAUGUAAAUACAGCAUUAAGCCACAUUUAUAAAUAGUUCAUUCUGCAUAAAAUAA